CAUCAUUCAAGUUUUGAAUUUUCUACAAUCUCAAAGUUUCAACUUACAAAUUUAAAAAUCCAUUCAAAAUGAAAUUCGCUGUUGUUUUUGCAUUGAUUGCUUUCUUGGCUGUCUUCGUCGUUGCUGAAGACCUCGAAAAUAACGAAAAUAACGAACAAGGCGAGCAAAUUGACCAAUUUGAACCAGUCGAGCAACUUAGACUUUUGGCUAGAUUCAGACGUGGCGCUCCACCAUCCAAGAAGCCAUCAACCACAACAGGUGCAGCAACAACAACCGGAGGUGCUGCAUCGACUGACGAAGCUGCUGCUGCUGAUGAAAGCACAAGUGCUUAAAUAUUUAAUAUUUAUAGAAUUUUUUGAGUGAUGAGUCUGAAAAAGACAUAAAAAUUUAAUGUCAAAUGUAGAAAUGAAAUAAAACCUUUAAAUUUUGA